ACAGUUUUCUAGAUUAAAGAAUAAUUUCCUUAUAAAUAUAUGGAGUUCAUUCUCACUUUUAUUUCAGAUGUUAUUGACACGAAACAGUAUAAUAAAUUAGAAAUUAUUUUAGUUAUUAAUGUCUGUAUAUCUAAUCUAGAUUUUACUUACUAUCUUAUCUAGCCUUUUACUUUAGCUUUUACUGCAUAUCUAACCUAUACCUGAUUUAUUUUAGAUUUCCUAAAAAUAAUGAGAUGUGGGAGUCUUGGAGAGCAGCUUUGGAUUUAAACAAAGAUGAUAUUUUUAAAUAUUCUCACGUGUGUCAUUUGCAUUUUAAAGAAGAUUCAUUUGAUAAUGAAAAAUCACCCUUUUCAUUACAUUUAAAGAAAACUGCUAUACCUAUAUUGAUUACAAGUAACACUUCAUGUCGUGCUGCAAGUGAAUGUGACCUAUCUAGAAAGACCACUGAUUCCUUUUGUUCUGAACAUGCAAAUACAAUACAGAGUGUCUCUGUAAUGGAUUGUAGUUCUCUGCCGUCUACUAGCACAGGUGUUUUUAAGGACAAUCUAGAACUACCAUAUAGACCAUCCAGUAGCACUGAACCUUUAGAAAAUAUGACUUCACCACUUUCAUCCAUUGCCAAAGGAUAUUGCGGUAAGUCUGGUUACAAAUGUAAUUUGAAUUAG